AUGUCGUCCCUCGCCUCAACUCUCAAAGAUCCUUCGCUUCUCGUCGAAAGCCGGCCCUUCAUCAACGGCGAAUGGCCUACCUUUGCCUCCUCUCAAACCUUCCCAGUCUACAACCCUGCGACAAACACUAUCGUCGGCUCAGCGCCAGAAUGUACUGUCGACGACGUCAACAGCGCCAUCUCCGCAGCUUCAGAAGCCUUUGCCUUGUGGCGCGCUCAAUCAGGCCGCCAGCGCGCAAAGAUAAUUCGCAAAAUUGCAGAGCUACUCACAGAGAAUAAAGCCGACAUCGCAAAGAUCAUCACUGCAGAGAAUGGAAAGGCGAAGGCGGAUGCUGAAGGGGAGGUGAUGUUCUCGGCGGGGUUCUUUGAGUGGUUCGCGGAAGAGGCGCCGAGGCUGCAUGGUGAUGUUGUCCCGCAUUCGCAACCCAAUUCGAGAAUUCAGGUAAUCAAGCAGCCCGUCGGUGUUUGUGGUUUGAUCACGCCGUGGAAUUUCCCUUUGGCGAUGGCUGCGAGAAAGGUCGCUGCUGCGCUUGCGGCUGGGUGUACUGUUGUGCUCAAGACGGACGGUGUGACGCCUUUCUCGGGCAAUGUUCUUGGAGUUCUUGCUGAGCGCGCUGGUCUGCCGAAGGGAGUUCUCAAUAUUGUCACCGCUCUAGACAACACACCGAAACUAGGUCUUGCGCUGUGCGAGUCUGACGUCGUCAAGAAGAUCUCCUUCACGGGCUCGACUCGGGUGGGCAAGAUCUUGAUGAAGCAGUCAGCCGAUACUCUUAAGAAGUUAUCUCUAGAGCUUGGAGGUAACGCACCUUUCAUCGUGUUUGAUGAUGCCGAUCUCGAGACUGCGGUAUCCAGCGCCAUAAUUGCCAAGUUCAAGGUCACCGGGCAAACCUGCGUUUGUGCCAAUAGAAUCUACGUCCAGGAAGGCAUAUACGAUCAAUUCUCCAAGCGCCUAAUUGAGGAAGUCGGCAAGUUCAAAGUCGGUAACGGUACUGACCCUUCAGUGACACAUGGUCCGAUGACAACGAGUGUAGACAAGGUUGAAGAGCAUGUCAAAGACGCACUCAAUAAAAAGGCUACUCUUCUUGUCGGCGGCCAGCGAUUAUCCGAUCUCGGGAAGAACUUUUUCCAGCCGACAGUCCUGUGUGAUGUUGAUGACACGAUGGCUGUGACUUACGAAGAGACAUUCGGUCCUCUUGCGGCGUUGACCAAGUUCAAGACAGAAGACGAGGUUAUCGCAAGGGCAAACAAGUCUGAUGUUGGACUGGCUUCAUACAUCAUGACAAACAACCUUGCGAGAUCGUACCGUAUGCAGGAGAGAUUGGAGUUUGGUAUGGUGGCCAUCAACACUGGUGUCAUCUCAGAUUGGGCAGCUCCAUUUGGUGGUGUCAAACACUCUGGUAUGGGCCGUGAAGGUAGCAAAUAUGGUGUUGAUGAUUACAUGGUUCUCAAGACGAUUGUCACUGGCGGUAUCGAUACUGUGUACAACCCAAGGCUGUGA